CAUGAGUUUUUCCAUCUCGGCUUUUCUCUUUUUCUUUAUCGUGAGGGCCAAGAAAAAGGAAUUAAGACCGAAUAGACCAGAGUUUUAAACAAAUUAAAAAGCAUCGAUCGCAUGGGAAAUCUGAAGGAGUACUGUUAAUUUCAGUAUUUCAACCAUGCAGGGCGUCCACAUACAAACUCAACAACUUAGAUUUCCCUCCGCAAAUCCCAUCAAGAUACAAGAAUCAAGCAUUCCGAUCAGAAUGACUGUGUUUCGGAUUGUAUUCUUCUCCCACUUGAUACUAGUCACCAUCUUGAUAGUCUUCCUCACAAUCCGUGGCCUCCUCUCCGCUGCCCACAACCACCACUUCUGCCCCAAGAAAUGGUACCCUCCCUUGCUCACAUCAGUAGCAUGUGCUGGAAUUGUUGCUUUCACAUGGCAAGGGAUCACUAGCUGCAACCCCUCCAAAGCAAUCCGGGCAGCCUUUUGGCUUAGUCCGUUGCUAACAUGUGCAGUUGGUAUUCUAUUCAUUUUGAUUAACUCUGCCGGGAGUAUAGCAGCUGGUGUAGUUGCCGUGAUAUCUGCACUAAUUCAAUCACUCUAUGCUUGUUGGGUGAAUCCGCGGUUCCAAUACGCCACUAGGGUCUUAUCAGUUUCCACCGCUUCCCCUCCGGCUAAAACUAUAGUUUUAGUUAGUCUAUCCAUCUUUAGCAGCAUUCUUUAUUCCUGUUUCUCAGUAUCUGGCAUCGGAGGGGCAACUGCCUCCAGAACUGGCCUAGACCCCUUGUUCAUUUCAAUUAUCGUGCUAAGCCUGGCCUGGACUAUGCAUAUCAUCAAGAACAUAGUGCUCGUCACAAUAUCACGUGUGAAGUACAUGCACUUCGCUUGUGGUGAAUACAUUGACACACGUGUGGCUUUCCACGACACGGUCAGAUACUGUAUGCCAAGUGUUUGCAUUGGCUCAGCCCUUGCCCCAAUUCUUGGGGUUAUCCACGGCUCAGCUCGAGCCAUGAGGUUGAUAGCAGGGGACACAGAUGAGUUCUUGUUUUCAUGUGCUAAUUGCUAUUUGGGCAUUGCUUCUGCUGGGGUAGCGUACGGGAAUCGGUGGGGUUUUGUACACGUCGGGGUUUACAACAAGGGGUUCGUGCAGGCAUCAAUUGAUACUUGGGAGGUGUUCAGGAUGGCUGGAUUGGAAACGCUAAUCAAUUCAGAUCUCACUGGGUCAUUCUGUUUCCUUUCUGGCGUAGCAGGGGGUGCUAUAUGCAGCCUAUUGAGUGGAACAUGGGCGUUUGCCAUUCACGAGAGUUAUGCUACACAAGUAUCAAUAUAUGCUUUCUUGAUUGGCUACUUCAUGUGUCGGAUAGCUAUGGCCUGGCCACAAGCAUGCCUUUCAGCUUACUAUGUCGCCUAUGCAGAGAAUCCACAAAGCCCUCUGUUCGAUUCCACCAUCCCAGUUCGCAUCGAAGAGCUUCGGAGGCAUCAAGUUUAACAAUCAGCGGGAGCAAACUGGAACCGGUCCAAGCUACUUGAAAGACUAGAGCAAUGUAUAGCAUAUACCAGCUAGAUAAUGGUAAAUGGUUGGAAAUCUGAUCAUGUAUGGAUAUACUUUUUCUUUUGUUCUGAAAAUGGCGAAAUUCUUACAAAUUCUGUCACCAGAACAUUGGAUUCCUUACUUUUGUCAAACACCAGAUAAAAUGAGGUGUACCUUGCAAGCCUGCUUAUUAUGGCUUCAAGCUUCAUUUAA